AAGCUGUUUCCUUCUACGGCAGGAUGGCAUUGUGAUAGAAAUGCUACCGACUCUGAAGGCCAAAGCCCGAGUGAUGCCAUCGUACUGCCUCCUCUCAAAGCUUCUCAGUCCCACUCUCUCCUUCUCCUCCGUCUUUGCCGCCACCGCCGCCGCCGCCCCGAUUACGUCCCCAUUUACCCUCCGCCGUCCAUCUCCGACGCCCCCUCGUCUUCCUCUUUGGGCUCUGAGAAGGCCAGGCUCCGUCUCGACCCGUUCCUUGCCCCUGCCGGCUUCUUCUCGCGGCCUCUCUUCGGAAGGAGGGAUGGGGGAUCAGGACGUGUCGUAUCUCUCCCAGAAGGAUGCGGCGGAGAUAGACGAGAUCCUCAUGGGCCCUCUUGGCUUCAGCGUCGAUCAGUUGAUGGAAUUGGCGGGACUGAGCGUAGCCACCUCGAUACCAGAGGUCUACAGAUUAAGUGAAUACAGUCGCGUUCUUGCUAUAUGCGGCCCAGGAAAUAAUGGUGGUGAUGGUCUGGUAGCUGCUCGUCACCUGCAUCACUUUGGAUAUAAACCAUUUGUUUGUUACCCAAAACGGACACCCAAACCUCUCUAUACUGGCCUUGUUACCCAGCUGGAAUCAUUGUCAGUCCCAUUCUUGUCUGUUGGAGACCUGCCUCAGAAUUUAUCAGAUGAUUUUGACCUUAUUGUGGAUGCAAUGUUUGGUUUCUCAUUUCAUGGUCAGCCAAGGCCACCGUUUGAUGUUCUUAUCCAAAGGCUUGCUUCAUUGAGUGGUAUUGACAAUGGCUUUAAAAGAAAAGUGGCAAUUGUUUCUGUUGAUGUUCCUUCCGGGUGGCACGUUGAAGAGGGAGAUAUCAGUGGAGAAGGAAUUAAACCUGACAUGCUGGUAUCAUUAACUGCUCCAAAGCUCUGUGCAAAAAAAUUUAUUGGCCCCCACCACUUUCUAGGGGGUAGAUUUGUGCCACCAUCCAUUGUACAUAAGUAUGGACUUAACCUUCCUCCAUAUCCUGGCACUUCAAUGUGUGUGAGAAUUGGAAAACUCCCAUCAGUUGACGUCUCAUCACUAAGAGAAAACUAUAUUUCUCCUGAACUUCUUGAAGAUCAGGUGAUGGCUGACCCUGUAGAUCAGUUCCAUAAGUGGUUUGAUGAAGCAGUUGCUGCUGGCUUGCAAGAACCUAAUGCUAUGGCCCUAUCAACUUGUGGCAGGGAAGGAAAACCGUCAUCACGAAUGGUCCUACUGAAAGGAGCUGAUAAACAAGGAUUUGUUUGGUAUACCAAUUAUGGAAGCCGGAAAGCUCGAGAAUUGUCAGAAAAUCCUCAUGCCUCGCUUCUUUUCUUCUGGAACCCUCUUCAUCGCCAGGAGCUUGAUUCCUAGACCAGAGUAUUGGGGAGGUUACAGACUAACACCAACCGUCUUCGAAUUUUGGCAAGGACAGCCUUCUCGCCUGCAUGAUCGGCUGCAGUACUCGCUGAGAGAGGGAGAUGGGAAACAAGUAUGGCAUAUUGAAAGGUUGUCCCCAUGACUAGUACACUCACAUUCUGCCCUAUAACAAUAAGUAAUGACCUUAUUGAAUCCUUUUAAUUAUAACUUCGCCUGGAAGAUUCCACCAAAAUUUUUUGCAGCAUGGAAUGGUGUCGUGUUUGGUUUUAUUGACUUGUCACUUUGGACCUUCUUCUUUGAGAUAUAUUCUCCAUAAAA